AGCCUUCAGUCGGUCUUAUUAAACGAUUUUACAGAUUUGUAGAUAUGUUGCGAGUGUAAACGUUUUUAAGAUGUUGACUUUUGACAGUCAUCUGUAGACCAAAACAGAGUUAAGUUGUAAUAAAAUAAUGAGCACGAAUUGAAUUGACGCAGCUCGUUCCGCUUUAAAGGCCGUGUUGCAGGGUUUAUUUUUCAACGAAUUUGUGCAAUUUGCUUGUUGGAAUCUACAAAAAGAAGCAAAGCUUGAACUAAAUCUGGAACACACCCUGAAAUAGAUUUUAAAUAUAUUUGUGUGUGCGUGUGUUUGUGUCUGUACACGCGCGUGCGUGUUUAUUAGCAUGCAUGUGAGUUUCAGCGCGUUCAUGUGGUUGUUGUGGGAGGAGAGUUGAGUGGGGGUUCCAGAAGAAUGUUACUUUGUAACGUAAAACACCAUUUUACGAUAAUCCAGAAUUCGAUUGGUGAAGUUGAGCUACCAUGACCACGUCGGAGGGGCUGGACGCCACUUCUCCCGUGAAAGAGUUUAUACUUCUUUAUUUGAUGCCAGAAAAAUGUUUCGAGUACUUUUUCACCAACUUAAACUUCCUGCACGUGCCAUGUCUCAAGAUUGUUCUGAGCAAAACCGUAGGACUGUGGAUCGUCCUGGGCACAGUGCUAGCACAACUACCUCAGCUGCUGAGACUAACGAGGAGGGGUAGCGCAGACGGUGUGAGCCUCGGUUCGGCCUUGCUACACCUGUACUCAAUCUUAGGCCCUCUGGUCUACUGCCUAGCCAGGGACUUCCCCCUCAGUGCCUGGAGUGAUAAGCUGUUCAUAGCGGUUCAAGCUGCUUCAGUCUGCUUUCUACUUCUGCAUUACAGAGGAAGAACCAUACAAGGAAUGCUUCUCGUGCUGGUCUACGGUGCUGUGGUCGUCCUCCUGGGAUUGUACGGAACAACAUUGCUUGCCACGACACUACAGAGCUCUAGUAUCCUAGCUUUGAUUGCUAGCAAGGCUGUCCAGGCUGGCACCAACUUCUCCAGCGGUCAGACAGGAGAGCUGUCCCGUGUGUCCGUAUUGCUGGUAUGGGCGGGCUCCCUGGCUCUCAUCUUCGUCUCUGUGCAGGAGAAGGGCACCAUUCUGGCUCUUCUGGCCCACAUACUCUCUGCGUGUCUCAGCACUGUGCUACUGGCCCAGGUCCUUCGAUGCGGUCAGAGAAUCAGCACCAGGAGCAAAGCCAAGAGAGAACACCCAGCCUCGGUGGAAGACCAAGACAGUGUUGUUGGGAGUAUUCAGAUGUUGGGUUCAGCCUCUGAUGUUGUGCUCUCUGGGUUUCUGACGGUCAGCAGUGCUGUUUGUACAAAUGAGUGUACCGUGUUAGUAGUAAUGAGGUUAGUUUAGGAAUGAGAUGUAAUAUGUCCAUUUGGUUUAAGUUUUAGCAGGCCUUGAUUACACAGAGGAUGUACUUGCAGCUAUGUCACUCCAACAUGUUUGAACUAGAUAUUUGAUAUAGUAAUUUAUCUCUUUCCACUUUCAACCAGUAAUACCACUACCUUUGAAUCAAUUAUAUUUGAAUGUGGAUGUUUUACAUAUAUUAUAUUAUAGAUGUAUUGCUUAGGUUAAAAUGAUCUUCACAAAGGAGAAGCUAUUGUUACAUAUGGAGUAUUCAUUGGCAUGUGGGAAAUUCAAUGUAUGGUCUGGUAUUAUUUAAAUACUAUUUGACAUGUUAUGUACAGGUUGUUUUCAGUAUUGUAUAUCGGAAAAAUCAAAUUAAACAAUACCUUCAUUGCUAUAAGUAUAAAAAUAUAAAAAAACAUUUAAACCA